UUUUUAGCAAAAUACCAUGGGCAAGUAGUGUUCAGUCAGCAAUACUAUUCGCUCAGCACAAACUUCAACGCCGCAGGGGGGGUAGUUACCUUUUCUCUGCAGCUGACUGUAUGUACCUUGCUUAAAACAUGAUUUCUCGAUUAUAAUUUCAUACCUACCUUCAGCCUAGAAAAAGUUAGUGUCCCCUCUAUCAGGGUUCCAUCUCCACGAGCCUGCUUUCAAAGGGUUCUCGCUUUUCACGUGUGACGGCGGAGGUCUCGCUGCUCUCGUUCGAUGAACUUUCCACCCGAGGCUGCGCCCGCGCGCCCCAUCCCAUCACCAGUCUCCACACAACCGCCGCCUUGAGCGCACGUCAGUCUCCAAUGCUUACGGUUUUUCGCGGUUUUCCAACAAUUCAAACCCAGUGAGUGCCUGAAGCUAUUCAGUGAAGUGAAAUCUGCUUAUACCGUGUUGUUGAUUGAUAGAUGUCCAAGAUAGUUGUUGGAUAACGUAUGUGCGGAUUCGACGGGAGCUUAAUGCGAUCAGCGCACACUGAUGUAUGACACCCACAUGGUGCGAGGAUGCGUGAGGAGGAGCUGGAGGUGGCGCUGAAGGUGGUGAUCGUAGGCGAUGGAGGCGUCGGGAAGUCCAGCAUGAUCCAGCGGUACUGCCGCGGGACGUUCACCAGGGAUUAUAAGAAGACGAUUGGUGUAGACUUCUUGGAGCGACAAAUUGAGAUCGAUGGCGAGGAGGUGCGGCUUAUGUUAUGGGACACGGCGGGGCAGGAAGAGUUCGACGCCAUCACUAAGGCGUACUACCGCGGCGCGCAUGCGUGCGUGCUGGCCUUCUCUACCACAGACCGGGACUCGUUCCUGGCACUACACUCGUGGAAACUCAAGGUGGAGAAUGAAUGUGGAGAAAUCCCAACCAUCAUAGUUCAAAAUAAAAUAGAUCUAAUGGACCAGUGCGUCGUCGGACCGGACGAGGCAGAGCUAGUGGCGCGCGCGCUGGGCUGCCGGCUGAUGCGCGCGUCAGUAAAAGAGGACGUGAACGUCGGCGCCGUGUUCCGCGCGCUGGCGGCGCGCUGCCUGGCCGACCAGCGGCGCGAAGACGAGGACGUGCCGCCCUGCGCAGUCACCACGCCCGUCAUAGGCAACUUCACGAACCUGAGCAGCAACGGAACAAUACUGCUGCGACCGGUGAAGGCGCGGCCCGGCGGCAAGAAGAAGAACGUGCUGAGGAACGCUUGCCGGAUACUCUAACUGGACCAACAUAUCUUGAAGCCGCGGACUGGACGCCAGCGGGCAGCGACGCGACGAGCAGGCGUUCAAGGACAUUCAUACAUUUAAUCGCCCCCGCCCCCGCUAUGAGUUUGUGUCCAGGCUUUGGCCUGACAGAGAGGAAAGCCACCUUGGAUUUUUACACAUUGCAUUUUGCGUUUGAACGUGCCACAGUGACCACUGUCCGCGGUCUAACUCUGCAGUUGCACAUUCGUGUGACUAGGUGAAUAGCGACGAACUUAUUUAUCUACUACACAUUCGCGUUGGUUACAGUAGAGGAGCUGUAAAAUUAAAGAAGGUUAAAUCGUGACAUGAGUCUAGAUGACGGUGUACCCGCGCCAUUGUUAUAGUAUAAGUACUGUGCUGUGAUUGUCAAACGCCUACGCCAACUUAUAAACUGAAAAUGUGACGAUUUUGACCCUAGCGGUUUAGCGAUCAAACGUAGCCGGCGUAGCAAAUCCUUAUACGGUUUUACAAAGUUUCUUAGAUACUCCCUCAACUCCCUGCUUAUAUAUUAUAUACUUACAAAAGUUUCCAUAUGGCAUGGAGGACAUGGAGGCCGAAUACCUUGAUUUAUAAACUGGACUAGACACUUGGACCUAGUUUUGUGAAGUUACAAGUUAUAAUUUUGCAGGAACCGCGCUUGACCUUUUGACCAGUGUUGCCUGUUUUGAAUAAUAAAAUUAUAAAUUUAUAUGAAAUGGGAUCUAGUUAUGUUCGACAACAAACAUAUAUAUGUAUAUUAGACGUAGGUUAGUUGUACGCGUGUACAUAUGUGUAGUAGUGUAAAAAUAUUUGCGAUGUGCAAUGAAUACCUAAUGUUAGUUUAGAUGCCAACAAAAUUAUUAUACUUAAGAUAACUAUAGGUGUAUUAUUGAAUCUGAAAUAAAAUGAAAUAGGAUUUUCUAUGAUAUCCUUAUCACUAAUGUAAACUUCAGCGAAAAGUUACAGUCGUAUUUUGAACCAGCACAGGCAUAUUUUAACGCUUUGCGAUUUGCGACUCGUUUCAGUAAUACAUUUAUAAGAAAAUACUAAUUUACUCUUCAAACUUAGUCACUAUUGUUCAUAUUGAUAGAUCCAUGACAUUGAAUCAUGUAAAUAACUCAUAUUGUAUAAAAAUGUGGAAAUAAAUUAUUUUUUAUAA